GAAGAACUUCGCGGCUACGCGGCGGUGAACUGGACUGCGAUGGGCGACACGAAACGGAUGAUGUUCCAGGGUCUAGCGAGACACUCGUAUAAUCGUAUGCUUGAAAUUCGUCUUUUGCCUUGCAAUCAAAGAAACCGUCGGAUUAGUACAUGGAGAGAAAAUUUUCCAUUCGAACAACUGGAAGAUUUCAAUGAUGAGAACAGCAUGGAAGUAUUUGGCGAACAAGAUUUCUUCUACCUCGAGGCUCGUCAGCAGUGGCUGCUCAACCGCAACUUAUUCACGAACAAGUUUUCUAUCGUCGCUGUGGUACCGCUGAGAUCACGCUGGAACGUCAAUUCCGAAGUUAUGAUGCCGUCAGAAAUAAGCGUUCUGACGUUUACGAUGUAUGAUGGCAUCAAAAGCCACUACCGUGUUGUUUUCAACAGUACACUGACUGUAAAUGAUAAUGACAAGGUGACGAACGCAGAAGUGAUGCGUGCUGACAUUAGCUGUGUCAGGAAAGUGAAAGAGGACUUUACCCGAGGAAUGCUUCGUAAUCCCGCCACGACCAGUAAAAUCUACAAAUUGAUUGUGAAGAAGUGCAGAGACGAGGAUACCAAUCGUUUGUACUGUUUAUACGCGGAUUUCGUUUCAGUGAAGAAGGCAGUCAAAUUUUUGGCGGAGUCUAGUGGUUACUUUUUGUGUCUUGUUUUGCUGUGA